AUGUCAUUGACGAAGGAAUACAGCUCUGUGAAAGGGCUCAGUGUCUGAGAGCUAGCCUACCUUGCACAUAGAGAACACGCAAAAUACAGUGUAUAAAUAUAUUUAGAAUGUACCACGUACGUUUGAUGUGUGGGCUACGUAGCUUUAAGCCAUAUCAAUCACACUUGCUUCCCAAUUAUGUCUGUGCGCGGGUCAAUCAGAAUGUAUGGAAUCGAGCUACCUCUGCAGCGUUCAAGCGCAUGUUCGUUACCGUUUCAAGGAAUCAUGCACAUCAACGCCUGCCUCUGACCGAAGGCCUACAAAGGUCGAUUACAAGUACAGAAAGAUAUAAGAUAUCACAACAAAGCACAGUGAGGUAUGCAUCUGCUGCAAGACCUUCUGAAGAUGGAAAACUUAUCUACUCAGGGGAGCUUGCCAAGUCUGUCCUUGGUGUGAAGUUUUUUUCCUACUCCUGCAGCAUGUUCAGCAUCUGUGCCAUGCCAUAUGUCAUGAUGCAGAACGGCAUUGGUGGUCAGAGUUUGCCCUUACAGGUGGCAUUCUGUGCAGUCAUCGGUUUUUUCACCUUCAUCACCCCUUUUCUCCUUCACACCUUCACAAAAGGAUACGUUGUGCGCCUGUAUCAUGCUGAGGAAGCAGACACAUAUACAGCCGUCACAUACAAUGUUAUACUAGCAGAGAAAAAGACUGUGUUUCAUCAGAGUGAUGUGAAGAUACCGGAAAUCAGCAAAAUGUUCACCACUUUCUAUGCGAAGAACCACUCCAUGCUAGUGAACCCUGAUGCCUUCGCUUUGCCGCAUGAUUACGUCCACCUGAUGGGCUAUGACAAACCCUUCACAUUUGAGGCGGAUGACCUUGAAAAAACAGAUGAAAAAUAGGCCAAAUGUUCAAGACUACAACUUGUGUCCCCCUCAGGAUGAAGUUGCACGUUAAAGUUGAUGUGAAGACAAUAUGGGUAAUUCAUGACUACAAGAAGGACUGUAUAGUGGAGGCUAAAGAGCUGUACUUUUUCUGCACUUUCACAGUGUAACUCUGCAUUUGGCACAGCCUUCAUUAAAAUUUAUCAAUGGACUCUCUUUUCUCCACCAAUCAAAUAUUGGUACUUAAAGGCAGGAUGUAGUCUGUUUCCAGAAACCAGAAAAUUGGUAUAAAUACCAUAGCCGACAUAUUGUUUUGAGGAUGCUUUUAAUCACUUUUUUUUUUUUUUUUUAAAGAGUUGGCUAUGAAGUUAGCUUAUACUGCCUAUAUUGUACUUCUGGGAAGCAUAUCAAAUAAAAUUGUUUAUUAGCUUAUUGUUAAUAUGGUUUAGUUGUAUCUGCGUGAGGUUUGCAUGUCACAGGGGGGGAAAAACAUGCACAUUUCAUAGCGGAAGUAUACCCUCUGACUUCCUCUGUGAAAAAUACCCACACUUCCCUUUUGGGUGAAAUAUAUAUGUAACAAUGGGUCUUUUCAGUCAUAGGUCUGGUUGAUGUCUGGGAUCCAAAGCACUGCAGAAAAUUUGUUCACAGUAUGUUACGAAAAUUGGCCAUCUUGGUCUCAUGUAUCGCAUAUGUUUUUGGAAAGAACUUGUUAUGCUCUUCAGACUCUGUCACAGCCUGGUAUACCUAUGAGGGAGAGUUCAUGGACGCUUCUAUGAGUUUGUCACCGUGCUUAUUAGGAGAGAGUGAAUAUUUCUUCACAUACUCGGGAAUCUUAAUGAGACCAAUAAGCUCUAUUGGAGGGAGUAUGUCUGUGUGGUUUAAAGGUGUAAAGUGGUUUGAGGUCCAUCACAGGACAGAGUCUUGUGAAUACUUCAGAAUAUGCCAGCUCGUCAAAGGGGAGUCUUUCCAUGACACAAUUCCCUUAUACACCAGAUCAUUCCAUCAACACCCACCUCCAGGAACCUACUUGGCUGUUGCAAAGCUACUUUGUCCAGAACCUUUUCUCCAGCUCAAUGUGACAUUAGAAAUAAAAUGAUGAUAAUACUAAUAAUAAAUAGUCUACAGCCCUUGUACCAUCUCUAUUCACCAUCAUCCAUCACAGGCUAAAAAAGAAAUGGAUUAAUUAACACCGCCUUUAAAAUCCUCAUUUGUUGACCAUCUUUUUAAUGUUAUUUUCUAAACACAGUGUGGCGUCAAAGACAUUAAACCUCAACAUCAUGUAGGCCUAGAUUUGAUAUGAUAAAGGGCUUCAUUGACUGUUUUCACAGACGUGACAAGGAGAAUGAGGAAUAAUAUGAGUCAUAAGCAAUUGUUUUUUUUAUUGGUCAGCUGUGUUACUGCUGUGCUUAACAAAACUAAACUGGACUUUAUUUUCCCUCUAUCCACAAGUCAAGAAAUCAAGAAAACUAGAUAAAGAGAUUUCUUGAGUUCUGUCUUUGUAUGUUAGAUAGCUGCUUACUGUACGUGAUCUGAUUUAUUUUCCUUCACAAAUAAUUACAGUUUUUCUUGUUUGCUUUGACCUGCUUACAGAAACUGGGAUCCACUUGGUUCAUUAACACCUUCUUUGUGCAAAUAGCUCAGUGCCUGCUAAGACCCUGCAGCGGAGUUCUGUACAUAUUGCAGCCUGUCCAGGGCCUUGGAGGGGAGAGCUAUAUCACAACAAAGCACAGUGAGGUAUGCAUCUGCUGCAAGACCUUCUGAAGAUGGAAAACUUAUCUACUCAGGGGAGCUUGCCAAGUCUGUCCUUGGUGUGAAGUUUUUUUCCUACUCCUGCAGCAUGUUCAGCAUCUGUGCCAUGCCAUAUGUCAUGAUGCAGAACGGCAUUGGUGGUCAGAGUUUGCCAUUACAGGUGGCAUUCUGUGCAGUCAUCGUUUUUUUCACCUUCAUCACCCCUUUUCUCCUUCACACCUUCACAAAAGGAUACGUGGUGCGCCUGUAUCACGCUGAGGAAACAGACACGUAUACAGCCGUCACAUACAAUGUUAUACUAGCAGAGAAAAAGACUGUGUUUCAUCAGAGUGAUGUGAAGAUACCGGAAAUCAGCAAAAUGUUCACCACUUUCUAUGCGAAGAACCACUCCAUGCUAGUGAACCCUGAUGCCUUCGCUUUGCCGCAUGAUUACGUCCACCUGAUGGGCUAUGACAAACCCUUCACAUUUGAGGCGGAUGACCUUGAAAAAACAGAUGAAAAAUAGGCCAAAUGUUCAAGACUACAACUUGUGUCCCCCUCAGGAUGAAGUUGCACGUUAAAGUUGAUGUGAAGACAAUAUGGGUAAUUCAUGACUACAAGAAGGACUGUAUAGUGGAGGCUAAAGAGCUGUACUUUUUCUGCACUUUAACAGUGUAACUCUGCAUUUGGCACAGCCUUCAUUAAAGAUAAUCAAUGGACUCUCUUUUCUCCACCAAUCAAUGGUACUUAAAGACAGGAUGUAGUCUGUUUCCAGAAACCAGAAAAUUGGUAUAAAUACCAUAGCCGAAAUAUUGUUUUGAGGAUGCUUUUAAUCACAUUUUUUUUUAAAGAGUUGGCUAAGUUAGCUUAUACUGCCUAUAUUGUACUUCUGGGAAGCAUAUAAAAUAAAAUUGUUUAUCAGGUUAUUGUUAAUAUGGUUUAGUUGUAUCUGCGUGAGGUUUGCAUGUCACAGGGGGGGGAAACAUGCACAUUUCAUAGUGGAAGUAUACCCUCUGACUUCCUCUGUGAAAAAUACCCACACUUCCCUUUUGGGUGAAAUAUAUAUGUAACAAUGGGUCUUUUCAGUCAUAGGUCUGGUUGAUGUCUGGGAUCGCACUGCAGAAAAUUUGUUCACAGUAUGUUACGAAAAUUGGCCAUCUUGGUCUCAUGUAUCGCAUAUGUUUUUGGAAAGAACUUGUUAUGCUCUUCAGACUCUGUCACAGCCUGGUAUACCUAUGAGGGAGAGCUCAUGGACGCUUCUGUGAGUUUGUCACCGUGUUUAUUAGGAGAGAGCGAAUAUUUCCUCACAUACUCGGGAAUCUUAAUGAGACCAAUAAGCUCUAUUGGAGGGACUGUGUCUGUGUGGUUUAAAGGUGUAAAGUGGUUUGAGGUCCAUCACAGGACGGAUUCUUGUGAAUACUUCAGAAUAUGCCAGCUCGUCAAAGGGGGUGCUACCUCAUUUGCAAUGAGAAAAUCAAAGUCACAUCUAAUGGAAUCUUUUUAAUGGUUCCUUAUAUCCUCCCAGAGUCUUUCCAUGACACAAUUCCUUUAUACACCAGAUCAUUCCAUCAACACCCACCUCCAGGAACCUACUUGGCUGUUGCAAAGAUACUUUGUCCAGAAACUUGUCUCGUGCUCAAUGUGACAUUAGAAAUAAAAUGAUAAUAAUAAUAAAUAGUCUACAGCCCUCGUACCAUCUCUAUUCACCAACAUCCAUCACAGGCUAAAAAAGAAAUGGAGUACACCGAAUCCUCAUUUGUUGACUAUCUUUUUAAAUGUUAUUUUCUAAACACAGUGAGGCGCCAAAGACCUAGACAUUAAAACUCAACAUCAUGUAGGUCUAGAUUUAAUGGGCUUCAUUGACUGUUUUCACAGACGUGACAAGGAGAAUGAGGAAUAUGAGUCAUAAGCAAUUAUCUUUUUUAUUGGUCAGCUGUGUUACUGCUGUGCUUCACAAAACUAAACUGGACUUUACUUUUCCCUCUAUCCACACAAGUCAAGAAAUCAAGAAAAUAAAUAAAGAGAUUUCUUGCUGA